AUGUCAUCUCAAAAAGCGUGCUACGUGUGUGGAAAAAUUGGCCACUUGGCCGAGGAAUGCGAAUCGGAAAGACUGUGUUACAACUGCAACCAGCCUGGCCACGUCCAGUCUGAAUGCACCAUGGCCAAAACCGUCGAGUUCAAACAGUGCUACAACUGCGGUGAGACCGGCCACGUCAAGUCUGAGUGCAGCACUCCCAGAUGCUACAACUGCAAUCUCACCGGCCACAUCUCCAGAGAGUGCCCGGACCCCAAAAAACCCAGACUUGGUGGUGCCAGUACCGGCGGUGCCUCCGCUGGUAGCUUCGGAAGAGGCGGUUUGAAGGUGUCGUGCUACAGAUGUGGCGGUCCUAACCAUAUGGCCAAGGACUGCUUGCAGUCUGAGGCCAAGUGCUACGCUUGCGGAAAGACCGGUCAUAUCUCGAAAGACUGUGCUGGUGGCUCUCAGGCCAAGACUUGCUACAACUGCAACGAGGCCGGCCACAUCUCCAGAGACUGUCCUGUGGCCUGA